AUGGAUAAUUAUGUGCUCCCUGUAGCCAGUGGUAGGAAUGUUCAUGGUUCCUUCAGUGACUGCACACAAAAUAGCUGGCAGUGGUUAUCACGCAAGCCAAUAAGUAGUGAACACCCACUCUGCCGCGGGAACAGUAACAUUAAUAGUAAUAGUGACGGCAACAGAGAUAAGAGCAGUAGUAAUAGUAGUAGUAAUAGCAGUAGUGGAAUUGCAGUUACGCUGGCGGCAGAAAGUGGAGUAUUCGUUCCUGCGCCAAUUCGUCCACGGAUGAGUAAGUUGCGGUUUCCACAACUAGCAUCGCCAUCACAAAGUAGAAGAAGUCCCUCUAGUGGGGUUUCUGAUUCCUGCUUUACAGCAGCCAAAGGGGAAAUCCGUGAACCACGGAGAAUUGUGAAACAUGUAGAGUUUCAGCUUCCUGCAGAAACCUCCCGUCCGACGGAGGCAAUCAAGCCUACAAGCGUUUCUUCUUUUUUCCCCAUGAAUGAAUCCCUCUCUAACCGAAGCAUUAGCAAGAGGAGCAAGGGCAACAAUAACAACAACAACAACAACAACAACAACAACAACAACGAAUUCAAGAAUCCAAACAAAAACAACAAUGUGAUGACUUCGUUGAAAGGCAAUACCACGGAUGGUCAAACGGUGCUUGAGUUCUUCUCAGUGUCGAGUUCUCCUUUAUGGGUAGAGAACAUGAGAAAUGAUUAUGGCCCGCAUGGGAUGAGCAGCAGCAGUUUCAGUAUGGAUUCUGUAAUAGACAUUGCUGCUGCACAGACAUUUCAGCGGAAUGGAGCACGUCGAGCACGAGCUGCGGGUCCAGGUUUUGAUCAAUUCACAUCGCCAGUAUGUCAAUUCUGA